UUGUUUCACCAAUAAUUUACUUCCGAAUCGGCUUUUUGAACUGGAUUUGUUUUUUAUGUUAUCAAGCUGACUGAGGUACGAAUCCAUUUUCUGAUUAAGCUAGAUUAGGUUUACUUUACCUCAGGUUAUGUUAUCUUCAUUGGCCUAUGACUAAAAAAAAGGUCUUUUUCUAUGAAAUACGAUAUUAUUAUGUUCUUAUAAUCAGGAGGAAGUGGCGUUUCGUAUACUUCAAACAGCCGAUUUUCGACACUUGGGACGACGAUAUAAGAAUUCUGCGUCCUGUAAAACGCCAAAUUAUAGUAUUUUUAUUAUGAAUCUAAGUCGGGCAGAUACAGAAGUAUUUCCUAUUUAAUUAUAAAAAAUUAUGUAUUUCACAGGUGGUAUUAGCGGCCAGGUGUGAAUAUUUCAGAGCGCUUUUUUUCGGAGGUCUUGAAGAAUCUAGUCAAAACGAAAUUACUCUACCACACGUGCCAUUUGAGGCAUUCAAACUGUUGGUAAACUAUAUGUAUACAGGUUUUAUGCCCUUAUCGAAGCUAAAAGUAGAUGUAAUGUUGGAAACGUUAGGAUUAGCAGACCAAUAUGGCUUUCCAAAUCUAGUCACUUCCAUAUCAAAUCAUUUGAAACAAUCCUUAGACAUUGAUAACGCUUCUAUAAUUUUGAAUACGGCAAAAUUAUACGAUUUAGACGAAUUAGUUCUAGAUAGCAUUCAGUUUUUGGACAGAAAUGCGUCAGCAGUCGUACUACACGAGUCGUUCAACGAUCUGUCAGAAGCUUCACUUAUAGAAAUUCUACAAAGGGAUUCAUUUUUUGCGCCAGAACUCGAUAUCUUCAAAGCAGUUUGCAAUUGGAGCCAAUUUCACGGAAUUGGCUUCGACAACAUAUUGUGGAACGUCAGAUUACCUUUGAUUGAAGAAAUAGAUUUAUUAACCACAGUGAAAGCAUCAGGUUUGAUUGAACCGUCCAAAUUGCAAGAAGUUAUAAGUGGGAGAGAAAAAACUAAAUUACUCUACAGAGGCCAACUAAUUGAAAAUGAAAACGUAGCUUCUCGUAGAUUUCGCACUGAAGUAAUCUCUGAACCACUCGAAAUGUUUUUGCUGGAUGAGGAUUAUUACGAGAAAAAAUUUUGUACAAGACAUUAUGUUAGAUGGGUCGAUUAUGAAGGCAUAAUUAUCAAGCUAGGACAACCUUCAAUUAUUAAUCAUAUUAAAUUGUUACUAUGGGAUGGAGAUACAAGGUAUUUCUAUUCCUAUUACAUUGACGUUUCAAUAGAUCAGAAAAACUGGACAAGAGUUAUCGACUACACCCAUUAUGAUUGCCGUUCUUGGCAAUAUUUAUUUUUUGAACGACAAGUUGUACAUUAUAUUAAAAUAGUGGGUACAAGUGGUACAGAUGGUUUCUUCCAUUUGAGCGGAGUGGAAGCUAUGUACAAAUCAGUCGUGCCGUCAAUGUUCAACGAUAUCAUUUGUCCAAGUUAUAAUGUAGCUACAUUAGACAAACACGCUAUUGUUAUUGAAGGUUUAAGUACGAUUCCAAAUUCCCUUAUUGAUGGUAACUGUACAAGAGACUGUUGGAAUCUUGCUUACACCUGCCACAAGAUCCGAUCUGGAGCUAUAGUCAUACAAUUAGCUCAACCCUACGUGAUUUCUAGUUUGAGAUUACAGCUAUGGGAUCUAGAUGACGAUAAUUACAGCAAAUAUUAUAUAGAAUCAUCUGUCAAUUAUGAAGAUUGGCAGAUGCUGGUUGACAACACAAAAGAGCAAUGCAAAUCUUGGCAGGAGAUUAUUUUUCCUGAAACUGUAGUAGUUUAUAUAAGGAUUGUUGGAACUUUUAAUACAGUAAAUGAGAAAUUUUACUGUGGACAUUUUGAGUGCCCGUCUAUGAAAAUAAUUGAGUCUGCAAAAAACAGAUGAAAAUCAACUGGAACAGAGGAAAAUAUUUUUAAUAUUAUUCCAAACACAGAUACUGAGUUUUAUCAAAUAAUUAGUCAAAUUUGUUGAUAAAUAAGGAUAUUAAAUCAAACCAACUCACAACGUUAGUGAUAAUGCGGAUAAUUGCUGUUGGUACAUUUUAACUUAUAAUGUUGUAAAUAAGUAAUUUAUUUAAUAAUAAUUAUAAUUGAAUUAUGAUGUAUGAUUUAAUGGAUAUCUAUUUAUUAUGCCAUUGUUAUUUGAAGAAUUCAAAAAAUCAAAUUGUACGAGAU